GCCUUCCGGAAGUGACGUGCGCCGCGGCCUUGUGAUGACAUCUCGCUGGAGUUAAGCUUGUCGGCUGGUGAGGUUGGAAAAGAGAAAGCCGGGUCUGUGAGGGGAAUGUCUCUCCUCCCGCGGGCACGGUAGGAAUGCGGGAGCUUUUGGGACCCGAGAAGUAAAAGGAGCCCAGAGCUGCCAUCAUCAACUAAAUCAGAAGCCUACCAGCUCGUGCCUCAUGAUUUGAAACUUCGGGAGAUAUUUCUAGAUCUGACAUGAAGAUGGAGGCAAUUGCAAAAGGUGAAGAACUUUUAGAUGCUGAAGUGCCUCCUCAAAUCGAUCAGCAGAAGGUGGACAGUCCAGCUGAGGAGGGCUCUCUAGAACUAGAGGCUUCUCUAAAGGAUGGUGUGCAAGAUGUCCCAGACUCUUCCAGUCUUUCUUCAAUGCCUUGCUUGCUAAUGGAACUUAGACGGGACUCUUCAGAAUCUCAGCUUGCAUCCACAGAAAGUGACAAACCGACUGCCGGCCAUGUUGAUGAAAGCGACUCUUCAAACCACUGCAUGCUUUCUCCUUCUUCCAGUGGACACUUGGCAGACUCUGAUACUCUGUCUUCCACCGAGGAAAAUGCUCCAUGUCGUCCAGAAGCAAUAAAAGAAGGCUGUGAUGCCUCCGUUCAAGGAGUCGUGGUUGCCCGUAAAUCAAGGCGGUCCCGUUCAGAGAGUGAAACGUCCACAACAAUGGCCGCCAAGAAAAAUCGGCAGUCAACGGACAAGCAGAACGGCAGAGUUACGAAAAUUAAAGGCCAUCGAAGCAAAAAGCACAAGGAAAGGAUCCGACUGUUGAGGCAGAAGAGAGAGGCGGCUGCACGAAAGAAGUACAACUUAUUACAAGAUAGUAGUACGAGUGACAGUGACCUUACCUGCGACUCUAGUACCAGCUCAUCAGAUGACGAUGAGGAAGUUUCAGGGAGCAGCAAGACAAUCACAGCAGAGAUACCAGCUGGCUUCAGUCGUGCCGGGGGAUCUGCAGGAGCGACCAGGGAUAUCCCGGGAUUGCUUGAGAGGGGCACCGUGUGGGAUAGAAACUGCAUAGGCAAUGUCCUAGAAGAGGCCAUGAAUUGUUUUGCGGAGAUGCAGAGACAGACAGAAGAGAAGUUCCGCAUGUGGAUAGAGAAGUUGACCAGGCUGGACACAGAUGAAGAAGGAAAACAGCAGCUGGAGCCAAAAGAGUCUAAGCUUCAGAUAGUUGGGCAGAGGCUUACACCCAGCAGUUCGUCAGAGAGCUCUGGAAUACCCCAGCAGUCUUUUGGCACAUACACAAGUUAUCAGAAUGUCGACACAUUAGAUUUCCCAUCAUUAAACAACAACAACAACUUUCCACCACCCUUCCCCGAGAAUGAUGGACCCCCGGUGGCGGCUCAUUUUCACAUCUCUGACACAAAUUCCGACCCGGAAGUGUUGAAUGUGCACAGCAUGUUGGCAGCCACGGUGGUAAAGGAGCUGAACAAUUCCCUGACCAAUCAGGAUAACCUUGCUCCUUGGCGAACACGGGGGCUUCUGGAAGAGCUCAAUGCAGAUUCAGUUAAUUUGGAAGUGGGCAUGACGGCUGCUGAAGAAAUGCCUCCACAGACGGCACAGAAUAAUGACAAAAUCAACAUUUCAUCAGACAGCGAAGUGGAGAUUGUGGGUGUUCAGGAACAUGCGAGGUUUGUUCAUCCAAGAGGGGGUGUCAUACAGAGUGUAUCUUCCUGGAAGCAUGCCGCCAGCAAUCAGCACCCAAAUCCAUCAUGGACGGCUGUAGCCCCCCAGCCAAACUGGACUUCACCGCAGGAAGUAGUUGAUCUGACUCUGGAUGAGGAUACAAGACGCAAAUAUUUACUGUAAUAUCGACCCCACUGUGUUUUUCUUCCCCCGUAAGGUUUCCGAUGCUCUCCCACCAGCCAUGGGAUUACUCUUAUAUUUUUGUUUUUGUUGUUGCUGGAGAUCACAUGAAUAACGAUCAAGUUUGUCCAAGUGGAGUCUGUAGGUCAGAGAUACAAGUCUAGCUUAUAUAACCCUCCACUCCUGUUAAAUCGGGUGCAGCACCCCUUUAUUAGGCACCUUGCGGAAUGUCAAUGCAUUAUUUAGAAAGAUUAAUAUAUGCUCAGAUAUUCGUAUUUAUACCGCGUUAGGAAAUAAACGGAAUAAUGUUA